AUGCGAAAGGCUACUUGGAAUAAUGGUAUAUUGCACAUUAAGUCGCAUAUGCAGCGGACCAUGCCAUCGCCCGAACGAACUGUACCAUCAGAAGACCAGCCUCCCUGCGACGCCAUCUCACCUACACCAGAUCAGCAGCAUUCAACCACAAUCAAACAAGACAGCAACAGGGGUACUAUCGACCUCGAGAAAGCAACACCCCCGACUCAAGAAUCCGCCCCGGGGGAACAUGACCAAAAGCAAGAAAGUCAGCCGGCGGGUCAGAACCAUGAUGGAGACAAACCAUACUCAGCGUUCAGCCAGCGGCAGAAGAUCAUCAUCGUACUCUGCGCCACCCUCGGCGGCCUUUUCUCCCCUUUCUCCAGCGGCAUCUACUACCCAGCCUUGAGCACCAUCGCAGACGAUCUAAGCGUCAGCAUAAGCCAGGUCAACCUGACCAUAACGACUUACAUGAUCUUUCAAGCAAUAGCACCGGCCUUUGUGUCAUCCAUCACCGACACCCAAGGCCGCAGACCGACGUAUGUCCUGGGCAUGGUUGUCUUCAUGGCAGCGAAUGUGGGCCUCGCUUUGAACAACACAUACGCUGGCCUCCUUGUUCUCCGAUGCCUCCAGUCCUGCGGCUCGAGCGGAAUGGUUACUCUUCAACAAGCCAUAAUUGCAGAUGUGGUGACCUCCGCCGAGCGUGGGAGUUAUAUCAGCAUAACGUCAAUCACUGGUAUUGUAGGUCCGAGCGUGGCUCCUAUCGCGGGCGGUCUCCUCGCUCAGCAUCUCGGAUGGCACAGCAUUUUCUGGUUCCUGCUGAUCGCGGCUGGUGUCUAUACUGUGCCUCUGCUGAUUUGGUUCCCUGAGACCGCGCGGAAGCUCGUCGGGGACGGAUCGAUCAUACCACCGCGGCUGAACAGGUCGCUAUGGUAUAUUGUAAAGAACCGCAAGAACGAGAAGGCCGCUGAAGCGCCACCGAAACCGAAGAGGAAAUUCAGCUUGCCCAACCCGCUCGGGACGCUGGCGAUAUUCGCCAACUUCGAGAAUAGCGUGAUCCUGUCAGUUGUAGCAAUCAUCUAUGCAGCCUUCUAUGCGAUAUCAGCAACGCUCAGCACGCAGUUCAACAAGAUAUAUGGCUUCGACAGUACCGCCCAAGGUCUGGUGUUCCUGACGAUAGCGGGUGGCAGUCUGUUGUCGUCUGUGACCAACAGCAUCGCCCUCGACAGAAACUAUCGACGGCACGCAUUGAAGCGCGGCUUGGACCCAGACAGGAAGAAGCAAAUUGAUCUGCAAGGAUUUCCCAUUGAAAGAGCCAGAUUGGAGAUCGGGCUACCAUUCUUUGUGCUUGGGACAUUCACGAUGAUAGUUUAUGGCUGGAUGCUGCAUUUCCGGGUUCACAUAGCUGGCCCGAUUGUGAUGCUGGUGUUGUUUGGAUACACCAAUCUGGCCGGGUUCAACACCUUGAGCGUCUUGCUAAUUGACUUGAACCGGCCACGCGCAGCUUCUGCGAGUGCCGCAGCAAAUCUGAUUCGGGCGUCGCUGGGUGCAGGUAUGACGGCUGUGGUGAAUCCCAUGAUCGAUAGUAUGGGAACAGGUUGGUGUUUCACGUUUACGGCGCUGGUCAUGUUGUGCAUGCUUCCACUGCUGUGGCUUUGUAUGGAAAAUGCCGUCAGAUGGAGAAGACAAGAGUUGGCCGCAAGAGUAUCUCGAGAGAAUUAG